CCUGGUCAUAUGAAUGACGUCGCCUGGGUUUGAUCAAGAGAUUGCUGUUACCCUACACGAGUAGUUUUGGUUUACUGGAAACUGACGAGAAAAUUGUUGAAAUUGUUAGGUACUGGAAAUUCAAGAUGAGACGGAAGCAGGGUCAAGGGAGACUGCGUUGUUCUGCUCGACCUAAGAGAAAGUGCACCGCGGCGGUAUAUAGGGAAACUAAAAGCUCAAAUAAGGGUUCUCAGAAAACGGCUGAUCUGCAAGGUGUUGCGAAAAGACAGCGAGUUGACGGUACUAGAACCGAGAGGACACCGGAGGACGAGGAGAAACCAGGGAACUGUAGAGAAGCGCACGGUUGCUCAGACAGUCGGCUGUCGAUGAAUGGCGACGGAGACGUGGCCUCGGGUGAGAGGGGGCUAUGUCCUGAAAACACUCGAGGGGAUCCAGUGGAAUCGGAAGAUGACGAGGCAUGGGAAGAUGAAGGCUGCGGUGUAAACGGCGGCUUAGACGAGGCGGAUGGCGGCGAGAUCGAGAUGCAAAUUCAGGUGGACAACAGCAUCUUCCUCGAUGACGACAGUAACCAGGUUCUGCCUGUUGGGCAGUUCUUUGGGAAUAUCGAACUUGACCAGGACUACCCAGCCAGAGCUCCUGCCUCCCUACCCAUGAGCAGGAGGGAGUACAGGAGAUUGCACUACAUCGCCAAAGACGACAGCGAUGACGACCUGCACGGCGACGGUGACCUGGAGACGCCGCGGCAAGACCGGAUCCGUGCGCCUUCUGAAGAUAGUUACGGCGGUAAUACAGAUUCAGGAAGCAACAUGAGAAAUGGGAGCAGGUGAGAGGGGCUUGGCAAUACAGAAGGAAUCUUAAAAAUGGACUCCCCCGUGAUGGUGGCCAAUCAAGAAGUGCCUUCCAUGGGCAAAAUGUUUUUUUUAUUUUGUGCCCAAGAGAUGCUUCACCGUCCUGUACAUAUUUCUGUGGUUGCUGAAUUAAUCUAAUGCCAAAGGUGUUCUUAUUGAUUGCAUCUAAUCUAAAAUAUAUUUGUACUUAUAGCAGACCAUCUUUGCAUUUUACCCCAAGAGAAUUUGCACUAACCAAGUUCAGUACUGCAGAGGCCAAGAACAUGAAGCUUAAUGUAUUUGCUUAUCUUACUGUAAAAUGUAUAUAUAUUUUUGUGAUGGAUGUACAAGUUUUUGCUCUCCGUUGGAGAUAAUUCUACACUGUAAAUUAGUUUUUGCUAUAUAUUUUUUUAAACAUGAUCAUUUAAAUUUAAUGUUAAAUAUACAGUAUAAUCUUAAUUGCAAGCUGUACUGGUUAAUAUUCCACUAAUUCAUGAUUAAUAUUUAAGUGGUGUACCACCAGUUCUUUGGAAAGAUAAAAUUUUGCUUCUAUAACACACUGCAUUUGCCAAUAUAAUCAGAAUAAAUGCGGCAAAUAUUUUUACAGUA